AUGUUGCCCGCGCGGGCUGCCCCCGCACCACCAUCCCCAGUGUUGUUUGGGCUGUGCCCCAAUUGCCCACUGCUGCCUGCUACGUACGCCUACAAACCUUGGAUGACCCACACAUGGCUCGCAUGUGACGCCCUCGUCCCAUCUGCCACUGCGCCACCGCUGACACCUCGGGCACAACCCCUUAACCACGCCCCACCGCCCUCACGUCGACCCCGGGCCCCCCCUCCAGUCACACCUGGCACGGUCCCCGGGCGUCCAUAG